UUGCGGCAGCAGUUCGACGCGCUGCUGGACGGCGGCGACGCGCCCAUCACCUCGGACUACGAGCGCUGGCGCGAGCUCAAGCGGCUCGUGAUCGUGCACGGCUUGCCCCGGGACGAGGGCUCGACCCCGAGCCUGUGCACGCUUCGAGGGCGCGUGUGGAAGGCCUUUCUAGGGGUGGAGAGCGACGUGGACAUGACCAAGUACGCGGCGCUGGUGGGGCGGGGCGCCUCGCACUACGACGGCGACAUCCGCAACGACACGUUCCGCACGUUCCGGGGCGACUCGGAGUUUGCGCAGCGCGUGCCCGAGGAGAAGCUGGUGCGACUACUGAAUGUGUUUAUCAACGAGCUGGGCUCGAACCCGGACGGGGAGGAGACGAAAGAGGACGGCGAACUCGGAGGCAACUUGCCGUCGAUAAGAUAUGUGCAGGGCAUGAAUGUGUUAUGUGCGCCGUUGCUGUAUGUGCUGCCCGAAGCAGACGCGUACCAUACCUUUUGCCAGUUGAUUGUGAGGCAUUGCCCGCACUACAUGGCCCCGCAACUGAAAGGGGUUGAGAAGGGAUGCGCACUCGUGGACAAGUGUCUGCAGACGCUGGACCCGGAUCUGUAUCGGCAUUUGUCGACUCGAGGCAUCACGGCGCGGAUAUACGCACUGCCGCUAAUUUUGAGUCUGUUUGCGUGUGUGCCGCCCCUGCAUGAACUUUUGCGAGUCUGGGAUGUGGUAAGCUAU